UAGGUGGCGGUAAUGCAUCUAAAUGCUGGUAACCACCCGUCAAUUAAACAGAAGAAGAAGAGGAGCCACAGCGUGAGAGUUAGCUGUUUGCUGGCACCGUGUCCCUUUACUAGGUUGUUGGAUAAUGGAGGUUGCAUAUGUCUGCGAGUGGGAGAAGAGACCAAAGAGCAACCACUGUCCCUCGAUCCCACUGGUGUGUGCUUGGUCGUGCAGGAACUUGGUUGCUUUCACCACUGACCUCAAAAAUGAAGAAGAUGAGAAAGAUGUCAGUCAUAUGAUCCACAUCCUUGACACAGAACAUCCUUGGGAUGUGUACUCCAUUAACUCUGGCCACUCCGAGAUCAUAUCCAGUCUGGAAUGGGACCAGUCAGGGUCCAGAUUGUUGUCUGCUGAUGGAGAUGGUCAGAUUAAGUGCUGGGCGAUGGCAGACCACCUGGUGAACAGCUGGGAGACCAUUGUAGGAAGUGCAGUGGAUGGAGACCCUAUCAUAGCCCUCUCCUGGCUGCACAAUGGGGUUAAGCUAGCUCUACAUGUGGAAAUGUCUGGUUCCACCAAUUUUGGCGAGAAGUUCUCACGGGUCAAGUUCUCUCCAUCGCUUACACUUUUCGGAGGCAAGCCCAUGGAAGGUUGGCUGGCAGUAACUGUGAGUGGCCUGGUGACCGUGUCCCUGCUGAAGCCCAGUGGAGCUCUUCUAACGGCCAGUGAGAGCCUCUGUCGCCUGAGGGGCCGCGUUGCUUUAGCAGACAUUGCCUUUACAGGUGGAGGAAACAUUGUGGUGGCAGCUACUGAUGGCAGCAGUUCCUCACCAGUGCAAUUCUACAAGGUGUGUGUGAGCGUGGUCAAUGAGAAGUGUCGUAUUGACACAGAGCUGCUGCCUUCCCUCUUCAUGCGCUGCACCACCGACCCAGUCAGGAGGGACAAGUACCCAGUAGUCACACACCUUAAAUUCCUUACCAGGGAGAAUUCUGAACAGGUGCUGCUGUGUGCCUCAAGUCAGACUGGCAGCAUUGUAGAAUGCUGGUCACUGCGGAAGGAGGGGCUUCCUGUCAAUAACAUUUUCCAGCAUCGCUCACCAGUUGUUGGUGAGAAACAGCCUAUGAUUCUGAAAUGGCGCAUCCUUUCAGCCACCAAUGAUUUGGACCGUGUGUCUGCUGUGGCUUUACCCAAACUGCCCAUCUCAAUCUCAAACACUGACCUGAAGGUGGCUUCCGACACCAAAUUCUGCCCAGGUCUAGGCCUUGCCCUAGCCUUCCAUGAUGGCAGUAUCCAAAUCCUCCACCGCCUGUCCCUGCACACCAUGGGUGUGUUCUAUGGCUCCUCCUCAGGAACCUCCCAGCGAUCAGGGGAUGAGCCAGCCAUCAAACGGCAGCGUGCAGCUGGCCCAAUCAUCCACUUCACUGCCCUGCAUUUCUCCUGGACCUCACUCGCAUUGGCUGGAGUGGACAACCAUGGCAAGCUGCACAUGAUCCGGGUGUCUCCCUCAAUGGGUCAGAUGUUGGACAUGAACACACUGUUGCGCCAUCUGCUGUUCCUUCUGGAAUACUGCAUGGUGACUGGCUACGAUUGGUGGGAUGUCCUACUCCAUGUACAGCCAGGGAUGGUCCACAACCUUGUGGAGAAGCUACACGAGGAGUACAUGAGACAGAACCAAGCCCUGCAGCAGGUGCUCUCCACACGUAUAGUGGCAGUGAAAGCCUCCCUUUGCAAGUUAUCCUCUGCAACGGCUGCACGGGCCUGUGACUUCCAUGCAAAACUUCUCCUCAUUGCCAUCAGCUCCACCCUGAAGUCUCUACUCAGGCCUCACGUCCUCAACACACCCGACAAAAGCCCUGGAGACAGACUGACGGAGAUAUGUGCCAAAAAUACUGACACAGACAUAGACAAGGUGAUGAUAAACCUCAAGACUGAAGAGUUUGUCCUUGAUGGCCCCCCUCUUCAGUCUCUACAGCAGCUCAUACAAUGGGUGGGAGACUUUGUCCUCUACUUGAUGGCCAACCUACCCAAUCAGGGCACAAUAGUGCGUCCCGGCUUCGGCUUCCUACGGGAUGGAUCAUCACUGGGGAUGCUAAGGGAAAUGAUGGUGAUGAUCAGGAUAUGGGGCCUCCUCAAACCAGGCUGUCUGCCAAUCUACACAGCUACUUCUGAUAACCAGGAUAGCAUGUCGCUGCUUUUCCGCCUCCUCACCAAACUUUGGCUGUGCUCUAGAGAUGAAGGCCACCCCCAGGACCCUGACGAAGCCCUGAUUGAUGAAUGCUGCUUGCUACCCAGCCAGCUCCUGGUGCCCAGUAUGGACUGGCUGCCUGUCAAUGACGGAGUAAUUUGCAAGCUGCAGGGGAAGCAGCCACUGCGACUACAGUUCAGCAAGCCCUAUAGCCUUCCACUUAAUUCCAAUUCGCAGGUGGAAAUUUUCUCUAGGAUUGCAGGUGCCCAGAGGAUGGAUAACCUACGAUGUCUCCACAUGGGUGUCUCCCCCACAGAGGAGAGCAAAGCCUGCACCAGGUGUGGGUGUGUGACCAUGCUCCGCUCACCUAACAAGACAAAUGCUAUGAAGCAGUGGGAGCAACGUUGGAUCAAGAACUGCCUCUGUGGUGGACUCUGGAGGAGAAUCCCCCACACACAGUCCUGAGCUCAGCCAAGCAAGAUUAGCACAAGCUCACCUUGAACGCAAUACUAACCCACAAAUCCCCCCAAAACCUAAUGUCAAUGCACUUGUGUGUGUAUUGACAUUUAAUGUACAUUGAGAGAUUUUCAUUAAUGAGAAGAUCCACCAUAUUGCUUGAUUUUUGCUGUCAACUUUCAUUUCAAUUAUUGUCUUCUUGGUCCUGUAGUCUGUGAUAAUAUUUUGAUGUGGAUUUAUUUCAAAUUAUUAUAGAAAAAUGCAAACAUGGCACAGUACAAAGAAAGUGGUAUUUAUUUUUUGUUAAGUUUCUUUUUCUUCUUGUUUAAACAUUAAGCAUUUUUGUGAGAAUCUGGGGCAUAAUAACAGCCUCAAUACAAUUCUAAAAUGUAAAUAUAGCUGCAAGUACCAAUGGCAAAUUUCUCCCCAAAUUUGCAGACAAUUUGAAUUCAUGGGCCAUCCAUUUACAAGUGGGAAAAGUGGGAUGUGGCCAGUAGCGCCAGCAAGGGGCAAAUUUUGCCCAGUCUUUAGAAAGUUUAUACUGUACAUGAUCUGUCGUUUCAGUGUGCCAAAUUAUAGAAAACGUUAUCAAGGGGUUUGGGAGCUGUUGAGUUGUUUUGGAGGAAAAUAAUAAUAGGAAUAAGAACAAAAACAAGAGUUCCUCUUGACCUUCCUCUUGGGUCUUCAUAAGGAUUAAUUACACCUUUUGUGUGUGUAAGUAUAAUUUGUACUUUUCUCCUCUCAAUACAAACACACAAACACAAUCUGUAAAACACAAAGCUAGCUGUGGGGUGGCAGAGAAUCAAACAUGCCAUAGUUCAAUUUAGCAGUGUGGUACAGUACGUGAUUUUUUGACUUUUUCCUUGGGUCUUACUGUAAACUGUAAUGUACCAAUUAUUUACGUACCCAAAUUGGAUUUUUGUACUUACAUAAUAAAUAUAAAUGUUGCUUAAUUAAAGUAACAUUUCUAAAUGUUU